AUGGUUAUAUAUUGUCAGCAUCAAGACACCCUGAAAGCCAUAUGUCGAGGUAUCAGCGAGGCUUGCCGCGAUUGUUCUAUCAAUCAGACAUUCUGCUCACAUAUAGUACCUUUGUGCAUACGACGAUGUCGUGGAGGAAGUUCUGAUAUGUUUAUUGUUUUGCAAAGUCUACUGACAAACCAUAGUCGCAAUAUGAAAUUGUUUCACGAGAACAAUGGAAUGAAAAUAUUUACUAGAGAAUCUUUGCAACAUUCAUUUUGCCUGCAACUACUGAACACUGUUGUUGAGAACACGACGAAUGAAAAUCAUCAUGUCGUAGUAUCGGAGUCGUCUCAUAUAUUCGAGCAUCUGCGGUACUUUUUGCAUAAAUACGGAGCCUCUAAUUUGAUAGGCCAAUGGGUCUCUAUCAUUCUGUUUUCAUAUCAAAAAGUUUUAAGGAAAUUUGGUAAAGAGAAUAAUAAUAUAAAUGGUAUCGACGGAAGUAUAAGGAAACCCAUGGCAAAAGAGUCUCAUCCAUCAAGACAUGUGGUCUGCAACAACAAACAAAAUGACACAAAUGAAUUAUUCCAAAAAAUACAAAAUAAAACGAUUGGCGCCAAAUUUAUCGAUAUCAUCAAUGGAUCUUGCACAACACUAGUUAAAAGUUACACUUCCUUCAAAAAUAUAUUCAGAAAUAAAGAACCUUCGACUUGCAAAGAUGUAUCAACUAGUACAACAGCAGUGUCAACGUUCUGUAGCAACAGCUUUACAAAUUAUAUGCGUAAAAGAGAUGCAAUUUCGAACUAUUUUAACGAAAAAGAAAACGAAACACAAUUGAAAAGAGAAUUUAGCGGUGAAGAUAAUUUAAGUUCUUGCAAUACAUGCAACGAUACUAUCGCCUUAAAACAGAAAAUGACGAAUGAUGCAAAAUUACAACAAACAGUUAAAAGAUUGAAGUUCGGUAUAAACAUGUACGGAUGCGACUUUAAGAAAAUAUCAAGAACUAUGUGGCCCAACGAACACUACAUGACACCAAGUGUAUUAUAUAAUUUAUAUCGGAAACUCAUAAUAAAAUAAAUCAAUUAAUUCCAACUAUUCAUUUAAUAACACACUGAAGAAACAUUUGAUAUAAGAUCUUGUCAACUGACGAAAUU